GAAAUACAGGGCAUCAGAAAACUCUGGCAAAGCUGUGAAAUUUCAAUCAUGUCUGAAGGCAAAGAGCAGAGGAAAUCUAAAAUCCCAGCUUCCAGGAAGCUACUUCUCAAGACUCUUAUGCUUGCAAAAGCAAGUGAAGAUUUAGAAAGAGAGAUCAAAGAAACCGAAGAAGAAAAAGCAAGAAAUCUCAGUGAGAAGGUUCCUCCUUUACAGUGUCAUGGGCUGAGUAUCCAGGAGUUACAGCAAUUAUGCGCAAAACUUCACAGACAGAUUGACGUUGUUGAUGAAGAACGUUACAAUAUUGAAACAAAAGUAAAAAAGAAUGGUCUGGAAAUUGAUGCCUUAAAUCAGAAGAUUUUUGACCUCAAGGGAAAAUUCAAGCGUCCAAACCUGCGCAGAGUCCGUAUUUCCGCAGAUGCUAUGCUUAAAGCCCUCCUGGGUUCCGCACAGAAGGUCUCUUUAGAUCUGAGGGCCAACCUGAAAUCAGUGAAAAAGGAGGACGAGAAGGAGAAAGGUGUUGAGGUUACUGACUGGCGUAAAAAUAUUGAAGCCAUGUCCGGUAUGGAGGGCAGAAAGAAGAAGUUUGACACCAGUAACGCAUAAGAAUGCAACCAACUCUACAGAAGAACAGAAGAAGAGACAUUUCAUAUUUUUUGGAGAUCUUUUUGGAUCAUUUUAAGUCGAUCGCCACUUGAGCCUUCAUGCAGCAACUUGAGCACACGGUCAACGUAAAAGAGGCUAACA